AUGUCUUACUAUACAGCACUCGACGUAUGCAACUUGCUAAACAGUGUACAGCCCGAUUCUCCUCUGACACCCGACGCUCAAAGCAUUAUUUCCAUCGUUGACCCGACUGUCGCCGAAGCCGAAUGGAAUGAGGUCUUGGCUACGCGGCGAUCCAUCCCUGGCCCCUCCGGCCGCUUACAGCUGGGAGGAUCUAACUCUGAGCUGGCCUCAACUUCGACCCCGACUGGCCAAGACGCUUUGCCGGACGAAGUGAUUGCGUCGGAGGGGCUGCCUUGGUGUCUCCCACUCGGACCAGCUGCUAGCCUCCAUCUUCCUGCCGAGGGUGACGCCCUUGAGGAUCUCCUGGAUACAUUCAGAAAGGCUUCUCUUAUCGCAACCCCAGACGCCGAGAAUAGCUUCGGUCUUGGUGAGGACGCCGCUCACAUCUCCAACCAGUCUCAGACCUUCACGACUCCUGCCCAGUCGGUACUUCCAACCCCAAUGAGUCACGACAUUCGAGCAAACGCGCGGCGAAGCAUCAAGAGACCCGGAACCCUUGGAAACCGACCAAAGAGCCACCAAGAUGCGCAACUGUGGGACCUGCUUCGGCAAAAGACUUCUGAUUUCCAAGGACACAUCGCUGAGCACUUUCAGCAAGUUCUCCGUGCCUAUGUUAACAUGGAGCGUUAUGAAGUUGAAGGAGUAGCGGAGGACACAUCUCUACCCAUCACGGAUGAACAGAAGAAGGGGCGCGUUUCUGAGCUCUAUGCUGCUAUUCUGGAUUUUGGCGACUUUCCCGAGGGUUCCAAAAAAGUCCAACCCUUCUGGGCCCGGGGCAACCUCUCCAAGGUGGUGGGCGCAGACCUAGCCGAUAUUGAACUUGAAAUGCUCUGCUGGGAGGUUUUGGAGGCUGCGAUCAAGAGCCAGCGAGGAGAACCUUCGAUCAAGCGAUGGUCUGGUACCGAAGAGGCUACUUGGGAGGAAUUCUAUACCUUCGGCGGGAGAUGGAGGGCCAUUUGCGAGAGCGUAAGACGAAAACAAUCGAACUUGAGGCGCAAUAACCGCCGAAAGGCGCAGUCUUCAACUCCUGCUGGUAAGGAGAUAAAGGAGCGGCCGACCCCGCCUUGA